CAGGGCUGGCCACUCAAGACCUGCAGGACAAAGCUCCAGCCAGCACACAACUCCACAAGCUGCAACACAACUGAAUAAGGUGGGCAAAGACGAACCAGUCUGGCACGAUGAAAUUCCAGGUCCUCAUUUUGCUGAUAGUGGCUUAUUUCCACAUUGGGAACACCCAAGGUUCCUAUGAAGAUUGCUGCCUGUCUUACCACACAAAGAUCAGUCGCCGCAUGCUGCCACAUAUAAGGCGGUACACUAUCCAGCGGGUGAAUGGGAGCUGCAACUUGCAUGCGGUGAUCUUUCACUUGCGGAGGACUAAAGUACUUCUCUGCGGCAACCCUCAGGAGGAAUGGGUGAAAUUGGCAAAGAAAAGAGUGGAUGAGAGGUCCAGGCACUCAAAGAAACUCCAAGCAGGAGUGACCAUGACCAGAUUGCCUCAUCCUCGUGCCACGCUUCACUUUUCCACCACUCUACAGAGUUCCUCCCAGUGGGGGCAGGGUAGCAAUCCAGGAAGGGGAGCUCUUGGGGACUCAGCAGUCAACAUGGACCCCAGGUGAAAAUGGAGCUGCAGUACCACUGUUUCUGACCUAAUGUCACUUUCCACACGAUUGUAAAUGUCUUCCAAGAAAAGGUCUGCCACACACACUGGAUUAGUCAGUUUAUGCUAUACCAUAUUGUCCCCUAUAGAUGGCAAGAAGGGACUGUCUGGAAAAACUCACCUACUCUUGUGUUCUGGGAAUUGGCAUCCUGGACCAACUGGGACCCCCAAUUGGAAAUCAUCCCCCUCCCCAUCCCUACCUCAAGGAGGAGGUUUCAGGGAGAGAGAUUCAGGCCUCCCACUAAGCCUGGAGCCAGAGGCACCGCAGAGGGUAUGGAGGAUGUGACUUUGCCAUAGGAGUGGGAGCAGCUGUACACUUUGAAACUCCAAGGUGGGUGCAGCCCCUUUUGGCAAACACUGAGAGAGGAGAAGACCUGGGCUCACUCCUCCGAGGGCUGGGAGCCUGACUGGGGCGGGGGGGGG